GGGGCGGAGCGGUUCUCCCUACCGGGCGGUGUCAGCUGGAGAAAACGGGACGGAGGAGCAGUGAGAGGCCGACACAGGAGGGACUCAUUUCCCCGGCUGAUUGUUCUCACUGCACCAGCGGACUCCAGGUGUCAGCAUGUCGACAAACAUAAGCGCCGAGGAGAUGGCGGAGAUGAGGGAGGCUUUCCAGAAAGUGGAUUCGGACGGCAAUGGGUACAUCGUCUCCUCUGAACUCGGCGAUCUCUUCCGCGAGGCGGGCUGUCCUUUGCCCGGAUACCAGAUCAGAGAACUGCUUCAGAAGCUGGACAGAGACAACGACAGCCAGAUCAACUUUGAUGAGUUCACGGCUAUUUUCAAGGAUAUGAAGGACGACCGCAUGGCCCAGGGUUUCAAGAAAGCUCUGAACAAGAAACAAGGCAUCGUGGCCAUCGGGGGCACCAGCGAGAUCUCUAGUGCAGGAACUCAGCAUUCCAUCUCUGAACAGGAGCGCUAUGCCUUCGCCAACUACAUCAACUCUACUUUGGAAAAGGAUCCAGACUGUAAGCACCUGCUGCCCAUCAACCCCGAAACUGAAGCUCUGUUUAAAGCAGUGGCUGACGGCGUCAUCCUUUGUAAACUCAUCAACCUCUCUGUCGCUGACACCAUCGAUGAGAGAACCAUUAAUAAAAAGAAACUGACAGCUUUCACCACACAGGAGAAUCUGAACUUGGCUCUGAAUUCCGCCUCGGCCAUCGGCUGCCAAGUUGUCAACAUCGGAGCUCAAGAUCUGAAGGAGGGAAAACCUCACCUGGUGCUCGGACUCCUCUGGCAGAUUAUCAAGAUAGGACUGUUCGCUGCUAUAGAGCUGAGCCGCAAUGAAGCUAUAGCAGCGCUGCUGGAGGAAGGGGAGAGUCUGGAAGAACUGAUGAAACUCAGUCCUGAGGAGCUGCUGCUGCGCUGGGCCAAUUUCCAUUUAAAGAAAGCCGGCAUGUCCAUAUCAAACUUUUCUGGAGAUAUUAAGGACUCCAAGGCGUACUUCCACCUGCUAGAACAGAUUGCUCCAGAUGGCAGCAAAGAGGACGUUCCCCGGAUUGAGAUCGACAUGACUGGUCUUUAUGAGAAGGAUCUCACGAAGAGAGCGGAGUGUAUGCUCAAACAGGCCGAGCGCCUCGGCUGCAGACAGUUUGUAACUGCCACCGACGUCGUGUCUGGAAACUCAAAGCUCAACAUGGCCUUCGUAGCCAAGCUCUUCAACAAAUACCCGGCUCUCACCAAACCAGACAACCAAGACUGGAAUAAUGUGGAGAGCGAGACCAGAGAGGAGAGAACUUUCAGGAACUGGAUGAACUCUCUCGGAGUCAGUCCACACGUUCACCAUAUCUACGGUGAUCUGCAGGAUGCCAUGGUGAUUCUCCAGCUCUAUAAAACGAUUAAGGUGCCAGUGGACUGGGACAAAGUCAACCAACCUCCAUUCAAGGGAAAAGGAGCAGGGCAUUUAAAAAAGAUGGAAAACUGUACCUAUGCUGUGGAGCUGGGUAAGAAGAAAGCUGGUUUCUCCCUGGUGGGAAUUGGCGGACAGGACCUCUACGAUGGAAAUCCAACUCUAACUCUGGCACUGGUGUGGCAGCUGAUGAGGAGGUACACAUUAAAUGUUCUUGAAGACCUCGGGCACGGAGCAGUUGCAGGAGAUGAUUUGAUAGUUUCAUGGGUCAACAAGACUUUGGCUGAGGCUGGCAAGAGUUCCUCUAUCAAAAGCUUUAAGGACAAAGCAAUCGGUACCAGUAUGCCGGUUCUGGACCUGAUUGAUGCCAUUCAGCCACAAAGUGUGAACUUUGAGCUGGUUCAAAAAGGAAGUCUGUCAGACGAAGACAAACUAAACAAUGCCAAGUAUGCCAUUUCCAUGGCGAGGAAGAUCGGGGCGAAAGUCUACGCUCUGCCUGAGGACCUGGUAGAGAUUAACCCGAAAAUGGUGAUGACCAUCUUCGCCUGCUUGAUGGGGAGAGGGAUGAAGAGGGCUUAAAGGACAGACCAACAUACUGACUGUCUUCGCCCGUGUGAUUUAAUGAGACAUAAAGAGAGUUAACAUA